GAGCAGUCGAUUUUUGCACAGUCGAAAAAUUGUAAGCAGCAAUCAACAGCAAACUUGGGAAACUCAAGAAAGCGCAGUGAAAAACCUUCGAAACUUGAAAACUAAACGAAACAAAAUUCUGGGAAUUUCUCUGCACAUUUUCGCGUGUGUCUUUUAUAUUUAGCAACAAUUUUCCAGUGACUACCAAAUCAACAAAACCAACAAUAACAAGAAAAACAACUAACGAAAGCAUUUAAAAAAAAUAUAUAAAAAUUUUGAUACGAUUUACGAGCAUCCCUUAGAUUAAAAUAAAAGAACUUUAGAUAAACGAAUUUCAACCUCCGAACAGUAACUUUAAGUGUUAUUUUGUAAGCAGUACUUUCUAGAUUUUCUAGCACAAAAGGUGAGUGCACCCAAAACAACAACAACAAUAAUAAAAGAUGUUUGCAUUGUGGUAUUUGACAUUCGCCGUUGACGAAAUACGCAAACGUUUGGCCUGGCUUUUUGGUCCCAAGAAGCCCGCACAGCCAGCGAUCGACAACAAAGCAACGCCCGCAGCUGCACCUACACCCGCCCCCAAAAGUAACUCUCCACCUGCACCGAAACCUGCAGCAGCGCCUGUUAGUCCACCCAAGCCAGCGACUCCAACGCCGCCUGUGGUUACCAAACCAGCGCCAGCAGCUCCAACUCCGACUCCUACUCCAGUAGUUGCUCCCAAGCCAGCACCAGCUCCAACUCCAGUGGUCACACCCACUCACGCACCCGCUCCCGCACCCGCUCCUACUCCAGUUGUUGCUCCCACUCCAGUUGUUGCACCAAAACUCACUCCAGUAAGUCCACCUGCAACUGCGAGCAAAGCAGCAGACAAGAUGCCAAUUCCAUUGCCCAAAUCAUUGACCGAGGCCAAUAACAAUACCAAUGGCAAUGGCACCAAUGGCAACAACUACGAUGAUCUGGAUCAGAAGCUCUUCGAUGGUCAGCUGCCGCCAAGCAAAGUGGCCAAGGUGGACAAGGAGCAGCUUAAGGAUGCCAGCAAUGAUUUCAUCAAAGGCGAGGCCAAUGCCUUUGUGCAGUCCAUCAAGGAGGCGCAGCAGGCGGGCACUCGGUAAGACAACACCACCACAAUUAUCAUUUCAAUUU